CCCAAACUGAGACCGAUCCCCGUAAAUCGAUUUUGCAUCAGCUUAGCUUAGGUGAGAAAAAAACUAAACGGAGAAGACAAACAAAACAAAGGAUGCCGAAGAAGAAGCCGGCGAAACAUUCCGGCGAAGAUGACAUCACCAUUCCGGUAUCACCACAAACCGGAUCUUCGAUUGAUACUUGGUGGUGGCUAACACAUAAAGGAACCACAACUUCAUUUCUCUGCAUCUCCCUCUUCGCAUUACUGAUCCGAUCUGCUGUAACAAUGUAUCCAUACUCCGGCGCCGGAAUUCCUCCUAAAUUCGGCGAUUUCGAAGCUCAGAGACAUUGGAUGGAGAUAACCACAAAUCUUCCAGUUAUCGAUUGGUAUAGAAAUGGCACUUACAACGAUCUCACUUACUGGGGAUUAGAUUAUCCUCCUUUAACUGCUUAUCAAAGUUACAUCCAUGGAAUCUUCCUCCGAUUCUUCAAUCCUGAAUCUGUUGCUCUUCUAAGCUCUCGUGGUCACGAAUCUUAUCUUGGAAAAUUGUUGAUGAGAUGGACAGUUUUAUCGUCUGAUGCUUUCAUAUUUUUCCCAGCUGCUCUGUUUUUCGUGUUGGUGUACCAUAGGAAUCGAACUAGGGGUGGUAAGAGUGAAGUGGCUUGGCAUAUUGCUAUGAUUCUCUUAAACCCUUGCUUGAUCCUCAUUGAUCACGGUCAUUUUCAGUACAAUUGUAUCAGCUUGGGACUUACAGUUGGUGCUAUUGCUGCGGUACUAUGUGAGAGCGAGGUUCUCACUUGUGUCUUGUUCAGUCUAGCCCUCAGCCAUAAACAGAUGAGUGCAUACUUUGCUCCUGCCUUUUUCAGCCAUCUACUGGGUAAAUGCCUAAGACGGAAGAGCCCUAUACUUUCUGUGAUUAAGCUUGGAAUUGCAGUCAUAGUGACAUUUGUUAUUUUUUGGUGGCCAUAUGUGCAUUCUUUGGACGACUUCUUAAUGGUUCUCUCCCGUCUUGCUCCAUUUGAGAGGGGAAUAUACGAGGAUUACGUGGCAAAUUUCUGGUGCACUACUUCCAUACUCAUAAAAUGGAAAAAUCUGUUCACAACACAAUCCCUCAAGUCUAUCAGCUUAGCUGCAACUAUAUUGGCUUCUCUUCCUUCAAUGGUUCAGCAAAUCUUGUCACCAAGCAAUGAAGGUUUCCUAUAUGGCUUGCUCAACAGUUCAAUGGCUUUCUACUUGUUUUCCUUCCAAGUGCAUGAGAAAUCAAUCCUGAUGCCUUUUCUCUCCGCAACACUAUUAGCUCUCAAACUACCUGACCAUUUCAGUCAUUUAACCUAUUACGCUCUCUUCUCGAUGUUCCCUCUUCUUUGCCGUGACAAACUCUUGAUCCCUUACUUAACACUAUCUUUUCUCUUCACCGUCAUCUAUCAUUCACCCGGGAAUCACCAUGCGAUACAGAAAACCGACGUUUCAUUUUUCUCCUUUAAAAACUUCCCGGGUUAUGUUUUCUUACUACGAACCCAUUUCUUCAUCUCCGUAGUUCUUCAUGUCCUCUAUCUUACCAUUAAACCUCCUCAGAAGUACCCUUUCCUAUUCGAAGCACUGAUCAUGAUUCUCUGUUUCUCAUACUUUAUAAUGUUUGCCUUUUACACCAACUAUACGCAGUGGACUUUGUCAAGUCAUUUCGGAUCCUCUGAUAAAGAAAAGAAGCAAAUCUGAAGAGCAAGGUUGUUUAACUCGGUUCCAUUUUUGUUUUCUCUGUCUUUUUGCCUAUAGAUUUAAUGUAGCUUAGGGUCUUUACCGAACCAACUCCGAUCAUCACAGUAGAAUCGAGCUAGACAGAAACGGUGGUUUAACAUCAGACUUGUUGUAUUUGGUCCAGGUUUUACUAAAUGUUGGUCUAUAUUCCAAUGCGUAUAAAUUGUUGAUGACGUAGGUUUCAAAAUUUGGGGUGGUUUCAAAAAUUGGGGUAGAGAUUUUACCUUUAUGAAAGGAAACGUAAGGUUUUAAUGAAAUUUUGUGUUGUGCAAUCAUGUCCCGAAUGUUACAGCGACACAGGUCAUAGCUAUCAGAUUAAUAUGUUGUCCCCUUAAUGAGACGGCCAGGAUCGAACUUUUUAUAUAUCAAGCACAUUGUAUUUAACACGACCUUUUUUUU